UGAGUUCACAAAAGGCCCACAUGUUAGCGAAAAGUGAUGAAUAUGAACAUUCCCUGUAGGACGAGUUGAUUCGGUAGCGGGUCGCGUGCACUCUUUGUUCGAGAGCCGCUAUUUGUAAAUACACUCCUUAUAUGGUGUGGGUUAAUUUUCUCACGAGCCUUGAAUUGCCACAAAAGUUCCCACGCUCAUCUGCCGACAUCAUCGCUUACUUCCACUUCACAUUGUUGUGGAUGUAUUGUUCGCCAGUGCAGUUCUUCCGCGAAUCGGGGUUUUCCUUCGUGUGCGCGUAAACUUAAAAGAUUUCAUCGAACCGCUCUGAAGCAAGAGACAUUGUCAAUUUCGGUAGCCAUUUUAUUUCGUCGCUGACGGCAGUCUAUCCGAGUGAAUAACGUCGUCAACAGAUAGUCUAAGCGCAAGAAAAACACGUUGCCAAGUUGGAUCAAUGGAGUGUUGAACUUCAAUUUCGACAGUGCAGAGUUGGGAAGAAAAAGAAUUCUCCUGCGACGAUUCCCAAAUUGUCACUCUGGGAGAUAAUCUUUCGGGACGAUAUCGUCCACCACUCGUCCGUCGAACGAUCGGGCUUCACUGUUAUGCCCCCCACAGCUUUCUUGAUGCAAGAUUUCCGGAUAACUUCUCAAUUUUAACUGUUUUUUUUUAAGAGAUCAUUUUCUUUUACGGGAAAAGACUAUUUACGUCGGCGACUUUUACAAAAAAUGUCAGAAUCUCAUGGACAAAGAUCGAUUUUUACAGCUGAUGGAACCACUCGUGACGGUUCACUUUUCACGACUCAUGCAGGAUUGAUACCUCGGGAUAUCGGACAUCGAUACACGAACGUAAAACGGCCUCGUAUAGAGAGUGGAAACUUCAAUUCUUCUGAGGUUUUCCCAUCGAGUGGAAUUGUCCAACCGGCAGUGUAUCAUUCGCCAAUUACGUCCACGAUCGCAGCAAGUUUACCAACACAGUCGGAGAGUACGUUUUCUAGAAGAGGUCCAUACCAAAGAGUGGCUGAUGGGUAUUCAUCAACACCCAAACACAGACAUGAAGGAGUCCGAGUGGCUGCAGAACCCCGCAGUCUGGCCUUACAGUUAGCAGCAAGUCACCCCAGUCCUCCAACCACUCCCUCUCCUCCACCCGAAGAAGACAAAGAAAAAGAAGAUUUUCACAAAGACUCUGCAGCAAUUCAACCAAGACUUUCAAAAGCUGCUAUGAACAAUUAUCUCAAUGAUGUAGUCCAAAGGGAUGGUCAACAAACAGUUAUCAUUUUCCAUGCCAAGGUGGCACAAAAGUCAUAUGGCAAUGAAAAAAGGUUUUUCUGUCCUCCGCCUUGUGUCUAUCUUGUGGGAGAAGGUUGGCAGUAUCGUAAGGCACUUGUGCCUCAAGUACAAGAAGAAGAAGUGAUGCAUCAGCCAGUUGCAUUCAUUGGGAUUGGAAGCAAAAAUGAACAGGAAAUGCAGCAGCUUAUCAUUGAAGACAAGGGCUAUGGGGCUGCUAAAACUCUGUACAUAUCAGAUUCAGAUAAAAGAAAGCACUUUGAAUUAUCACUGAAGUUACUAUAUCCCAAUGGUGACCAUGUUGGUACGUUCAAUUCAAAAAGAAUAAAGGUUAUCUCAAAGCCUUCCAAGAAAAAGCAGUCAUUAAAGAACGCUGAUUUAUGCAUCCAAUCAGGUUCCACAGUUGCCCUGUUCAACCGCCUAAGAUCGCAGACUGUCAGCACACGGUAUCUUCAUGUCGAAAACGGAACAUUUCAUGCGAGUAGCCAACAGUGGGGAGCGUUCACCAUCCAUUUAUUAAAUGAUGAUGAAUCCGAGAGUGAGGAAUUUUCUGUCAGAGAAGGGUAUGUGCAUUAUGGCUCGACGGUCAAGCUGGUUUGCUCCGUAACAAAGAUGGCUCUUCCCAGACUGGUGAUAAGAAAAGUCGACAAACAGACGGCUUUACUAGACGCUGAUGACCCUGUGUCUCAGCUUCAUAAGGUCGCCUUUUAUAUGAAAGAAACCGAGAGAAUGUACCUUUGUUUAUCCCAAGAAAGAAUAAUACAGUUUCAGUCUACACCUUGUCCCAAAGAGCAAAACAAGGAGAUGAUAAAUGAUGGAGCCUCUUGGACAAUAAUCAGCACAGACAAAUCCGAGUACAGUUUUUACGAGGGAAAUGGUCCCGUGAGGUCUCCAAUCACACCCGUCCCGAUUGUAAGCAAUUUACAGCUAAAUGGCGGUGGAGAUGUGGCCAUGUUAGAGCUGACAGGAGAGCAUUUCACUGCAAAUUUAAAAGUUUGGUUUGGAGAUGUAGAGGCAGAAACCAUGUACAGAUGCGGUGAAAGUCUGCUAUGUGUUGUUCCAGACAUCUCGGCCAUUCGUGGCGGAUGGCGGUUCGUCCGGCAACCCACUGAAGUCGCCGUAAGCCUCGUUCGCUCUGACGGAGUGAUCUAUCCUACCGGACUUACAUUCACCUAUACACCAGAACCAGUGGAGAGACCUUCUUCUUCCAUUUCAGAAACGGUGUUACGAGCCGAUCUCUAGGAACAAUGGACGUCAUCGGAGGAAGAAGAUGGAUAUCCCUGUUUUAUGAAGGGUUCUACUAACGACUGAUCCCCCCAAGGAGUCAAAGAGCAAAUCGAGAAGAGCAAUGCAACCUACGCCUAUUCCUCCUGCUCGUCCAUUUCGAAAUUGCGUUUUAAGGACGUUCAGCGUCGUUGUAUUUAACGGCACAGAUACGCAAGCUAUCGUACACGAGUCACUCACGGACAUAAUUUUUAUCCCUAUGAAUAGGACCGUUGUAAAUAAGGCCUUGAGUCAGCAGUGAAAGUACAUUGUAGGCACGGAGAAUUUUGCUGUAUUGCAAAGUAAAUCGUAUCGUAUCCAAGCUAUCUUUAUGUAGUUUUUUAGCUCGAGUCUUGCCAAAACUAUUCCGAGCUCAAGAAAAAAUUGUGCUCUGUACAUUUUUUUCCCUUUAAAACGUCCAUAAUUUAUUUUUGGAUUUAAAGUCUGGGUCAGUCAAGUUCUUGUUACGCAUUUCAUCGAAAAAAGAGUGACUGUCAGUGAUUAGCACUGCGUUUUUGCUCUUCAUAUUUCAUCCAAUGUAAACUUCGUUCAAAUUUGUUGCGUUACUUGACUAAUGGAAUAUUAACCGCUCAGGGUAUAUAUCAACAAGCAGAGAAAUCUAUAGCUAAUAAAAAUGUUUAAAUUUGAAUCCAA